UCAUGUGAAACUUAUUUUCGGUUAAAUCAAUUUUUAAAUUAAAAGAAACCGCGUAAUUCGGUUAGCAGACGAAUUUUUCUAUCGGCCAUAUCAGGAAUGUGUGAGAAUUGAGGGAAGGAUAUAUUACGACUGGAUGGCUUGAUAUUGAAAAAUGAAUAGCAACGAUAUUUCAAAUUUAUCAUACAAAGAAUUACAAGCUUUAGCUCUUCGAUAUCGAGUACCAGGUAACAUAAAGAAGAAAUUACUGGUUAAAGUGUUGCAAGCCGCAAAAGGCGGAAAUGAAAAUGAAGUUGGCAGGCUACUGCAAGAUCUUAAGCAGAAUCGUAAGAGGAAAGUGAGAAAAGUCAAAAUCAGAAAACUCGGGUUAACCUCCACACCAUUACAUAGUCCUGAUUACGGUAUGGCUGAUGAUUAUUACUGCCCGCAACAGCAACCACCUUAUCAAUGGGUGGGUGCAGAAGAAGAAAUUGCAAGUAGAGAUGAAGAUAACAAAAUUCCUCAUUAUGAAGAGUUUAAACAAUUUUUAUUAAAGAGAAUCCAAAGAGAAUUUCAAACAUAUGAUGCAAAUAAUAAUCAAAUACAAGAUUCAACUGUAGUAGAUUUAAGAACAGCAACAGUUUCAUCUGAUAUGCAAAAAGUUCCUUUAGAUAUUAGUAAUUAUACUAAGUCUAAUAUAGUUGCUGUUAAUAAUGUAGAUACAUCUAUAUAUCAACCAAAUGAUAAUGUAGAAUAUCAAACAUUAGAAGAUACAAAUAGCAAUAUUCAGGGAUCUAUACUUCUAAAAAAAAUGUUACAAGCUCCAGUUGGUGCAAAUUUGGGUGAGAUAGCUAGUCCUGUACUUGGAAGAUUUUGGACAAUGGAACAAUAUCAAUCCAAUACCUUGUUAGAUAAUUCUGAUACUUUAACUGCUGAAUCAGAUAAUCAAGAUAAUGAAGAAAAUUUAGAAAACAAUACAGAGUGCUAUGGAUUUCUAAAUGGUAUAAAGGGAGAAUAUUUUUUGAAUGAACCAACUUUUGUGAAAAGUGUUGAAGAAAUUGGUCAACAAAUUUCAAAUGUCUUAACAAAUGAAAAUAUUAAUCAGUAUAAAUAUCCUAAUACAAAUAUUGAUAUGCAUCAAGUCUAUGAAAAUUGGACUAUUACUAAUGUUAUGGAUGCAACAGGUAACAGUUAUGCAACAUCAGAUGUUCAACCAACAAAAGUAUUUCAGACUAUGUAUUGUGAUAAUAUAAUCUCUGAUAGUUUAAAUAAGCCUAUAAAUGAUGAAAAUUUAACAUGUCAAUAUCGAAUGACAGAGACUGUGCAUCCAUAUAAUUCAAAUCAAAAUUUAUUGAAUUUGAAUCCAUCGGAAGAAAAUCAGUAUUGUGAAACAAAUAUUAUUUCUAAUGACCAAUCUAAUUGUAAUAAUUCCUAUUAUUUACAAAAUUUAAUUAAGUGUAGCACAGAAACUACUGGAGAGUAUUUGCAAUAUACACAUUCCUUUUCAAAUGCAAAUAUAGAUCAAGAAACAUAUACAUCUACUACAUCUCAGACAUUUUCUAAUAAUAAUCAUUACAAUACUAAUCUCCCAUAUGAAUAUUCUUGUUCACAUAAUAAUCAGUCAACCAUUCCAUUAUCUGAAAAUUUAGGACAAUCAGAACAAAAUUGUAAUUCUAUAAUACAAACAGAAUCUAAUAAUCAUAUACCUGUUAUAACAGAUAAGAUACAAACAAAUGGAAUCCUAGAUCCAUUUUGGCCAAAAAGAAUAUCCAAAAUGCCUCCAGAUUCUAUUUUAGAAAAUAUUUUGAAUUUCAUUAGUAACAAACGUAUAGAUUUAUCGAAAUUAGAUCAAACAUCUUGUGUAUAUUGUUACAUAGCUCCUAUUGUUACUCAUACACCAGUUUCAUCAAGUAUAAGUUGCUCUCAAAAAGAAAAAUUUGUUGCAGAAUAUAGACAACAUUCAUUUUCUCCAUAUUGGUUACUUUAUAAUGAUACUUCAUGCGGAAUGCGAAUGGCUAAUUUACAAACGAACAUUAGGGAAGCUAUGAUAGAAGAAUCACGGCCAUUACAUUCACCAUUAUCAAAUAACGAAUCUGAUUUAAGAGAAUCAGUUGCGGAAAGUGAAGAUUCAAUUACUGAAGUUUGGACUCGUAAUUAUACGAAUUACGAAACGCCAGCCGAAAAAGAUGUAAAUAUAUGCGAAGAUUUAAAUGUUGAAGUUACAGAUUGUUUAUUUUCAGUGAUUAAUACUGAACCAUUGGUUAGUCAAGUAAAUGAUCUUUCUAAAAAUUAAAAAAAAAUGUGUACUAUUAAUAGUACAUAAAAUUGUAUUUAU